AUGAUCGCGGAUCCUGCCAACAUGACAAGUGUCAUAGAGAAGUCUGUAGAAGUUCUGAACUCUGGAAACAUCACCAACCUCAUCGAGCAAACCACCACCGUUAUGAGCGUCUUGGCUUCCGAACCAUCCUGUUUCUCAUGCCACCCAAAACUGUACUUCAUCGUGUUUGGCCUUGUCUUCAUGAUCAUCAUCUGCUCUGGAGUUAUUGGCAAUGUCUUCAUAAUUUUUGUAAUAAUCAUGGAUCGUAAGCUAAUGAGCUCUUCUGUGAACCAAUUCCUCCUCAAUCUGGCGAUCGCUGACCUUGGAAAUCUCAUAUUCUGCUCCCCGGAUGCUAUACUAGUCCUGAUUGAUCGUGGAUGGCUUCUACCAAGCUUCGCCUGUCACUUCCUUCGUUUUCUUCAGGAGUACUUUCUCUACGCCAGUGUUCUCCUUCAGAUGGCAAUUGGAGUCGAGCGAUUUCUCGCAAUCUGCUCUCCGAUGCGAAUGCAACGCUUCUCAACAAAAACUACGAUCUCGGUGCUCGGCGGUGUUUGGUGCGUUGCCGCGUGUUUCGCUUCUCCCUACUUUUUGUACCAAGGCAUCGUUUUCCACAAAUUUUAUUUCUGCUUCUGGAAAGGAAUCUCCCAUAAAACAAGAACCUACUUCAAGUACUGCGAGCUGAUUGUCCUUUAUGCGAUUCCACUGGUUUUCCUUACCACACUCUACACCAUCAUGUGCCGCGUUCUCUGGGGGAAAGAAGGAGCCAAUCACAAUAUUGCCAACCAUAGUCAACAGGAGGCAAUUCUUAAACUCCGCCGAUCAGUGGUCAAAAUGCUUAUCAUCUCAAUGCUUCUCUAUUUCCUCUGCUACACUCCAAUUCAAGUGAUUUUCGUGAUGGAGAAAGUGCUGGAUCACAGUGUACAACUCCCACAAUGGCUUCGUCUUCUCCUCAACGUACUUUCGGUUAUGAGUUCCUCAACCAAUCCCAUCGUCUACAUCAUUUGUUGCCGUCACUUCCGCCUACGCCUUCACGAUGCUGCUGCUGCACUAUCCGCGUGCUGCUGCUGGCUGUUCCCGUCGUUCGCCAAGUCUGAAUACGAAUGUGUUGAUGAAACAAUGACCACGAAGUUGUCCCGCUCGCCGUACGUCUCGUUUCGCAGUUCGCGCCGUCAGAACUCCCGUGCCAACCUUUCAACGCUUCUUUGA